CUCGCACUCCGCAGUUAAAAACGCGUUCAGUUUGUGUAAUAACCGCCCGUCGCGCGCACAACAAUCGUCCGCGCGCGGUUUCGAAGGAAAACGUCGCGUCGGAGCGUCACGUUUCCACGCGCGACACGCGAGAGGACAUGGCCCAGAGGACGUUAGUUAGAAAACAACAACGAAUGAGGCAAAAACAAGCGCGGGCAACCGCAACUUCACGCUGACGGCGAUUUAAAGCCCUUCUCAAAAAGUUUCGCUGACGCGCCUGUGACGUCAGAUGUAACGGGCGACACUUCCCGUUCGCCGUCGGUGUGAGUGUUUGUUUGUUUGUUUGUCUUUAAUAAUUAAAACCGGACGGAAUGGGGGCCAAACAGAGCAGUCCCGCUGAAAACGGCCGCACACGAGCGUACUCUGGCUCGGAUCUCCCGUCGAGUAACGGCGGCAGAACGACGGCUGUGGCGAUGAGGUUUCCCGUUCACGGCGCCUCAGGUGCUACAUCUUCAUCGUCGUCGUCGUCAGCGGCGUUGGCCUCGCACUACACCGGCUCCAGGACGCGCUCCGUCGGGGGAGGCACCGGUGGACCGGGCGCAAGACCCCAGUCGAGCAUUAAUAUACCGACCUCUGGAGCGUACAGUUCUCAGGACUCCGGUAACAGCACACCGGAGGAGAACGGCGGGGAGAGAGAGCGGUCAACCGGCGCUCCGAGACUCUUGAUCGGAUCUUUACCUGCUCACCUGUCGCCUCAUCUCUUCGGAGGUUUCAAGUGCCCCGUCUGCUCCAAGUUUAUCUCUUCAGAUGAAAUGGACCUUCAUCUGGUCAUGUGCUUGACAAAACCUCGAGUGACGUACAACGAGGACGUCUUGGCGAAGGACGCAGGAGAAUGUGCAAUAUGUCUGGAGGAGCUGGUGCAGGGAGACACCAUCGCACGCCUGCCCUGCCUCUGCAUCUAUCACAAAGGCUGUAUUGAUGAGUGGUUUGAAGUGAACCGAUCGUGUCCUGAACAUCCUUCAGAUUAAACAACGCCUCUCGCACCUUUGCACAGCAGCCUCCUGGUCGUGAGAAGCGCCGCAAUGUGAAUUCUCUUCCUCCUCAUAGACACUGUGACUUUGGUCUCGGGACGGCCUGAUCGCCGAACGCCCCUCUCUUCUCGUAGCAUGGCCCUCCCUAGUCGCCAUAUAAACCCUAGCGUGCCAAAACUCAUUCAGGGAAGCUUUUUCCACAUCACAGUCCAACAGAAACCCCAGCGGCGGUCGAGAGCUUCUCCAGCGCACCGUUGUCCAAUCAGCAAUGGUGAAGAAGGCGGAUCUUAGGAAGUUCAUUUCAUUGGCGUCUCUGAUUGGCCGGACUCAGGGUCAGCUGACCGUGUGGAUAAUUAUCAGACGAUCACAGUGGAUUGUUCUCUGGUAAAUGGGACUGUCUCUCAGUGCCUUAAUUUUCAGAUCCCACGGGCCGAAGCGGCGGCUGCGUUUCGAUGGACUCUGAGAAAGACGCCUGGAUGUGACGGGACGUGAGCCCUGAUUCGGGUCGGCCCUGAGCCAUACUGACAAGUGCCCUGUCUUUCGUAACGGUGCCGCAGCCGUUUUUUCUCUCUCUUUCUUCCCGAAUGGAGGAAUGCAUGUCCCAUGCAUCUGGAGUCUCGUAGCAAUAUCUGUGCUAACGGAUCAAGAUUCACUGUAGCCUGUCACAUGACGUCUGCACCGUCUUAAGAUCAUUUAUGCAAGUGCAUCAUGUUUUAUUUGUGUUGACAAAUCUGGGCCUUAAUUCAACACAUGACUGACUUCUGUGUCUCUUUUAUGUAGGGUGAAUCUCAUCAAAAAAAAAUACAAUGAUAUUUUGCAUAAAGAAAAUUUAAGGUUUUUUGGGGGGGGGGGAUUAAUAUAAUUAUAAUGGCAGUACAACAAAUGCUACCAUGAUGAGUACAAUUUAAUAAAUGAAUGAUAUUCAUUGUACUGCUGAUUUUAUUUAAACUAAUUACAUUAUGUAAAUAUACUAUGUAAAUUGAAUGGCUGUACAACAAAUACUACCAUGAUGAGUAAAUACAUUACAAUUUAAAUAAUACCUACAAUUUUACUCCUCCAGUAGAAGUAGUUGUGUACUAUAUUAACUGUACUGCUCUUAAAUGCGGAUUUAAAUUUUAAAAGUCAUUGUAUUCCAAAAAUAAUCACUGAGAAUAAAAAAAAAAAAAAGAAAACUCAAAAGUAAAAUUUGCAUUUAAAUCGGCAUAAUUUAAUGACAGUACACAUACUACUGUGAUAAGUAUAUUACAAUUUAAGUAAUAAAUAAUAUAUAAAAUUUAAAUUCAUUAUUUAUUGUACUGCUUUUAAUUUAUGCUUAUUUUUAAAAAAUUUAAAUCAUCAUUGAGAAUAAUAAAUAAAAAAAAAAACUCAAGUUACAUUUGAAAUCAGACUAAUUUUAAUGGCAACAAAAAUAUUA